AAAUUUUGCUAGAUAAGCAGGGAUUUUGAAAAAAAAAUCUUGAACCUAGUGCCGUUGACACCCUCAUCUCCAUCUCCAUCUCCAUUAUCUCACUCCUUAUUAACUCCCCUUCUCCAUGUGUUCUAUAUAACCUUACAUAAAACCCAUACAUGUCAUGCAAGUAAACCAACCACAUUUUAGACCUAGCCAAGAAUUAGUGAACCCUAGAGAGAGAGAGAGAGAUAAGUUUUAGAUAAACCCAAACAAACUUCUACUCUCCUAUUUAAAUCACUUCCUCUCCUUCCAUUUGUUUUUGUGUUUUAAUCAACUAAACAAACAUUUUUCUUCUUCUUUUCUUACUUGCAAUCCCAUUUUGCAACCAUGGUUUCAGCAGAUGCUAUUAGAACUGCGGUUGGAAUUUUGGGAAACGUAAUAGCACUUGCACUUUUCUUGUCACCAGUACCAACUUUUAUUCAGAUAUGGAAGAAGAGAUCAGUAGAACAAUUCUCACCGGCACCAUACCUGGCAACCCUGCUUAAUUGCAUGUUAUGGGUCCUAUAUGGUUUGCCCAUUGUUCAUCCCCACAGCAUGCUGGUUAUAACCAUCAAUGGAACUGGUUUCGUUAUCGAACUCUCUUACGUGUUACUCUACAUUUACUAUUCUGAGGGUAAAAUGAGGCUAAGAGUACUAGCAAUUUUUCUACUCGAGUGCUUAUUUGUUGCCGUUACGACCGUCUUGGUUCUUACGUUGGCUCAUACACAUGAACGUCGAUCUUUAAUCGUCGGAAGUAUGUGUGUAUUCGUUUGCAUUUUGAUGUACGUCGCUCCAUUAUCCGUCAUGAAAAUGGUGCUUACAACGAGAAGUGUGGAAUACAUGCCCUUCUUUCUUUCCCUAGCUUCUUUUGCCAAUGGUGUUUGCUGGACAACUUAUGCUCUUAUCCGUUUCGAUCUCUUCAUCACUAUUCCAAACGGCCUCGGUACUUUGUUUGGGUUAGGUCAAUUGAUACUCUACGCCACGUUCUAUAAAUCUACACAGAGACAAAUUGCUGAAAGGAAGAGUAAAGGUGAGAUGAGUUUGACAGAAGUGGUUGUGAUGAAUGGAGAUCCUAAGAAAGUAGCCAAUGGGAAUCAUGCUGCUUCUGAGAUACGUGAAACCUAAUGGCUAAAUCAAAACCAGACAACCCAUUAUUAAGGACCCCGUAAAUCACUAGUAUGACUAUAUCAUGAUGCAUUUCAGUGUAUUCCCCCCCCUUCUUCUUUCAUACUUGUUAAGAGUUUCAAGAAAUAUAUAGCGUAUUGCUCUCUUCGUUUCUAUGUAAUGUAAUUUGGGUGUUAAGUUGGCUUUUCAAUAAUGUUAAGCCUAAUUAUGUCUAGCCAAGGUUCCGUUUUCUUCAUUUUUGGUUCAGUAAGAAACUAUGUUAUUGAGGACUAAGGUUUCAUGAAACUGGUGAUGAUGAAUGCACUCAACAUGUAUCUUUAAGAUUGUGUUUAAAAUCAAAAGUAGACGUCGGCAUUGACA